GAAGCCGCCAGAAAACGCCACCGGCACUUGCGCACCAUGUCAACGAUCUCCAAGCAGCCUACAUGCUUGGGCAUACCUGGGCACGCACCCCGCCUGUCUCCCCCCAUCAUCAUUUGCCGUUGCCCAACAGCCGAAAUUUAAGAAUACGAAUUCCAAAACUGGUUCUCGUUCUAAUACUCGUAGAGAUAGCCAUCGCCGGUGCCGAAUCUGAUUCCGAUAUUCGUGCAGUCUAGACGAGCAUUGGCUUGGUCCUUCCUUGGCAACAAGAAAUGAAAAGGGAAUGUCGCUUCGUAUUCCGAGAAGGGGAAGCAUCAGAGGUUCAGUUCAGGAAUGGGGACUGGGACUGCGACCUGGAAGGGACAGAGCAGAGCAGAGAAGAGAAGACCCAAGCGUGUGAGCUAGUGUUUUUGUUUUGAUGCUGAUGGCCUGUUCUUUGAACUGAGGGCGAAAGUGGUGCGUCACGUCAUCUUCAGUGUCGUGUCUGACUUUGCCGGCGGCUUUGGCUUUGGCUUUGGCUUCGGCUUCGCCUUCUUCGCAGAGAUUGUCGUUCACCUUUGCUAUCUUCCUUUUUUCCUUUUGUGUGGCAUGCGAAGAAGGGUUUCUCAGUGCACAUGAGUUCAAAAAACUUUGGCAUUUCCUUAGGAAACGAUCGUGUUUCAAAUUAGAAACCCUUUCCAGGGAUCGCAGCCGAUGGUGGGGGCUAUUAAAUACUCUUUCACAAACAAAUCCACAAAUAUGGUCAACUGGGGCCUGAAUGUGGGGAAUCACUCUGAGUCAGCGCGAAUACUACGAUUGGUUGAGUCAUGACUAAUGCCCAAUUUAUUAGCAUAGCAACAUAAAUGAAUAGGCCUCCAGCACAGCCUCAGUGACAUUCUUCAUUUAAAAGCGAAACGGGUAAAUACAGUGCUUUUUGUUCCCGCCAGGGGCCGCAAGAAACCCUGUAGCGCCACCUGUUCGGGCUGCAGCUAACACAAUCAGCUGUUUGCCUCAUAAUAAAUAAUUUUGUUAUAAAAUGUUAGCCGUAAGAAAAACACGAGUUUUCGGCAACCUGAGCUGGUCCCGUUGGAGGAGCGAUGCAGCGAAAGCGACCACAGAUUCCGCCUCAACAUUGGGAGAUGCAAAUAAACGCCAGCAGCUCCUCAACGAGCUGGCAGAGCCAAUGGACCAAAAACGCCGGCCGGCCAUCGAUCCCAAGGAGACAAGUGUGAUGCUGUUCCCUGGCCAGGGAACCCAGUAUGUGGGCAUGGCCAAGGAUCUGUUGCGGUUUCCGGGUGCACGGCAUAUAUUUGAAUUGGCCAACCAAGUGCUGAACUAUGAUCUGCUGAAGAUCUGCUUGGAGGGACCACGUGAAAAGCUGAAUCGCACGGAGCAUGCACAGCUGGCUGUGAUGGUGUCUUCACUGGCAGCGCUGGAGCAGCUGCGCGAAGAGCGACCCCAUGCCAUUGAGAACUGCGUAGCAGCUGCUGGCUUCAGUCUGGGCGAGAUCACUGCCCUGGUCUACGCCGGAGCGAUGCCUUUUGAUAAGGCCGUGAAGCUUGUCCAAGUGCGGGCCACAGCAAUGCAGGCUGCCUGUGAUCGGGCAGCGGGAGCCAUGGCCAUGAUCUUGUAUGGACCGGAUACGAAUCUGGGCGAAGCCUGCGCCAAGGCCCAACAAUGGUGUCUGGACCGAGGAGUGGAGUCGCCCUACUGCGGCAUAGCCAACUACAUGUACCCGCACUGCAAGGUCGUCGCCGGCAAUGUGGAGGCUCUGGAGUUUCUCGAAAAGAAUGCCAAGGCUCUGAAGAUACGUCGCAUAAAGCGCCUGGCUGUCAGCGGUGCAUUCCACACUCCUCUCAUGCAGACCGCUGUCGAACCGUUCACCAAGGCGCUUAAGUCGCUGAGUCUGCAGGAUCCCAUCAUCCGAGUCUACUCGAAUGUGGACGGCAAGCCAUACCGGAAUGCCAGGAACAUUCUAGUCCAGCUGCCAAAGCAAAUCGUCAGGCCCGUUAAGUGGGAGCAGACACUCCACGAGAUGUACGAACGGAAGCAGGGCGCCGACUUUCCGCGCACCUUCGAGUGUGGUCCCGGCAAAGGUCUGCUCCAGGUGCUUGAGAAAGUCAAUGCCAAGGCUGCACAGUCCUGCCUAAAUGUUUCAGCAUAAAUAAGAUUCGAAUCAUCUUUUUA